GACUGCAAGUUCCUUGGGGUGGGAGAUGUAAUUUUCCUGUUUAAAGGAGCUUCCACUGUGAGGUGUAUGUGGAGGAGCCUGUGGCUGGCAGAGGGGAACACUGCAGUUGAAAAGCAGGAGCCCACCUGGAGCAGGCAGCCUGGGAUCUUCUCUGAAGUGAAACUUGAUGCUUUUCAGCAAAGACACACCUCUUUCAGGGUGGUGUCCUGCAAAUUUCUCUAUUUUAAAUCUAGAGACAAGAAACAUGAAAUGGGACAGCCAGGAUCCAAAGUGACGCUGUCCCAUAGGCCAAGGUUUAUCAGCUCUUGACAAAAGGUGAAUCAGAGACUUGCAAUGAAACCCUUGUCACAAAUAUCCUGAAUUGUCAGGAGCCUGGACAUUUGAGGAAGUUGCCGCUUCUCUGCACAGUGUUGUUGUUUUUUAAACAGCAUUGACAUUGUUCCUUCUGUCUGGAACAGCUUUACAAGACUUUUUUGUUUCCCUUUUUUGUUUCUCAUGCUUUAUUUUUUCCUGACGCUCCAGUGGGAUGGGUCUCUUUCCAAAGAUUCUAGUUCCUUUGAUAGCGCUGGUCCUGGCUGGCUGUUUUUAUUCAAGAAAGGAAGACUUUAAACCGGAAAUGCUGAGAGGGAAGCAUGUGAUUGUUACUGGGGCAAGCACUGGAAUUGGUGAGCAGAUGGCAUACCACCUGGCAAGCAUGGGUUCCCACAUACUGAUCACUGCACGGACGGAAGCCAAGCUUCAAAAAGUGGUCUUUCGGUGCUUGGAACUGGGGGCAGCCUCUGCCAGGUACAUAAAUGGCAGCAUGGAAGACAUAAUAUUUGCUCAAUUGGUUGUGAAAAAAGCAGAGGAAUUAUGGGGAAACCUAGAUAUGCUUAUUCUGAAUCAUAUUGGCAGUUCCUACUUCACAUUUUUUGACAGUGAUGUUGGGCAUGUGCAAAAGCUCCUGAACAUUAAUUUUCUAAGCUAUGUGAGCAUGACAGUUGCAGCUCUUCCCAUGAUGAAGAAAAGUGGAGGAAGUAUCGUAGUAGUUUCAUCUAUGGCAGGGAAAGUUGGUUUUCCACUUACUGUUCCCUAUUCUGCAACUAAGUUUGCCCUGGAUGGAUUUUUCAGCUCUUUGAGACAGGAAUUUGUCAUGCAGAACACCAAUGUUUCCAUCACACUGUGUAUCCUUGGACUCAUUGACACAGAAAGUGCCAUGAAAGCCACUUCUGGUGUUUUUACAUCUCCAGCGGCACCAAAGGAAGAAUGUGCACUAGAAAUCAUUAAAGGUGGAGCCUUACGUCAACGGGAGGUUUAUUAUGAAUAUAAAUCUACAAAGAUCCCUCUAUUAAUCAGAGACUGGGCCCCAGAUCUUCUGGAUUAUCUCAUCAGAAGAAGCUAUAAUAUGGAAAAAUUAAAACAAGAUUAACUGAAGUUUUAUGAUGCUUUCAGUUGUAUCUCAGUUUCUCAUGUUACAUUACAUAGAGCUGUGGUGUUGCAGCCACAGCCCUUUUAAAGCUCAGGCUAUCUCUUAGCUAGAAUAGAUGUAACUCUUCACUAAGUUUCUUCUUGAAGGUAGCAACACAUAAUUUCAGCAAUUCUAUUCCUGCUGCCAGUCUUCAAAACCACACAUUUUUUGAAGGCUAUUUUCAAUUCGGGACAUAUUCUGUACAAAAUUAGCAUGUGGUUAUUUUGUGCAGAAAACAGCAUUUUCUGUGCAGAAAAAAAAAUUCCUUGCAGUAUUUUCUGUAAAGAAAAUGUUUCAACAGAGAAAUGUUAAUUCCUGCACAGAAAAUGCAAUCUUCUACCCAGAAAAUACUGUUGUUAUGCAGACUAAAUUAGUGUUACCUAUACAGAAAAUAGAAUUUUUGAAAACAGAACAGUUUUCUGCAUCGACAUAUUUUCUAUGUAGAAGAUUUUCCUGUGCAGAAAAUGUUACUUUCUAUGCAAAACAAUCAUAUGUAAUUUUUUUCAUAGAAAAAGCCCCAGAUAUCAACAAUUCUCUUCAGUGCAGAAUUCUUCACAUCAGAAUUUCUCAACACUCAAAAAACACGUUUUUGACCAUUUUUCAAAUAUUUUGAAUUCUUUCCAUUUCUAUUUGCUAGUGUGAUAGAGGAUCCCAUAAACACUGGGAUGCAGUAUACUGUUACAUAAAUAGCUAACAUCUAUUCCAGGCUGCAUAGUUCAUUUAUGGAAUAAGGCAUAAAACAUGAAUAGCAGAUAAUUAAGUGCCUUGGAAAAACUCAUGCUCACAAUAUAUGUUUGGCAUGCUCCUGAGCAAUUGCUAUCAGGAAGCUUUUCGGGUUUUGAGCAAGAUACUUUAAAGCAAAACAAGUCAUGAAGGAGAAAGUCUAUAAGAAAAGAAGUUAUAAUGGAGCACUGAUGCAGUUAUACAGAGAAAAAGUAUCUAGAACACUUAGAAAUCAAAGCUUGCCCACACUGGAGAUUUAACCAACUCUUUCCUCAUAACAUUUUAAAAGUUUCAUUUUUGAAGUUUGUAUUUUAAAAUGUUAAUUGUAUGUUUUUAUGAUUAAAAAAAUGCAUAGCUGUAAUGUAAAGUCAAAGGCUUUCAUGGCCGGCAUCCA